UACAUUUCUAUAUGUUAACGUUGAAAGGGAACUGAGAUGAGGAUUCAGUUUCCUCGUAUAUCCAUGUCUGAAAAUAAAGAGGAAUAGCGUCAUACUGUCACUUGCAAUAUUCGACAUACAUUUCAAAUGAUAAUGAGUCAAAGUGUUAAAAAUUCUAAAUCUUAAAAGAAACUUAUUAAUUUGGAAUUUCUCUGAGUGCCUACGAUAUUAUACUCUCACCAAAUGAAAAACGGUGAUUCGGUGAAAUAAAUUAAAUUAAAACUAAAAAAGACCCGGGUGUUGGCCUGUUGGGUAUGAAAUAAUGGCGUGGGGGCUCUGUUCCCGCCUUUCUAACUUUCCUUCUCUCUUUGGAAACCAUUUCCUCCCAAAACACCCUUUUCAUCUCUCAUUCAGAAUACAUACUCUCUCUCAUUCAGUUGUUAGCAGGUCCAGGAAUCAUACCCUUCGCGGUUUUUGCUUUAGUUUUCAAGUGUCGCGGUCAUAUGCUAGUGGUGGACGCAGACGUUAUGAUCUCUUUGGUGGUGGGAAACCGGGUGAUGAGGAUUUUAGGAAAGCCUGGAAGAAAGAGAUGGAUGAAGACGAGUGUCUGUGGACAGGAAGUGAAGAUGAAAGUGAUUCUGAGAAGGGUAAAGGUCGUCUUGAAAAAGAAAUCAGGAAAGUAAGACAGAAGGCGAAGGAGCACUCUGACUUAAUCGACGCGGAUGACAGUGAUGAGUUAUAUGGUGUUUGGUCUGGAAGUGAUGAGGAGAAGAGUCUGUGGACUGGUAGUGAAGGUGAUGAUGACGACGAUAUACCAACUGAACCCUAUCCCAAUGAAGCUAGUGAUAAGCAUAUUGACAAAUUGUUUGAGUUCGAGGAGAAACCUAAAUACCGAACCAUCUCAGAACUUUUGAAAGCUGAAAAUGAACCAGAAGAGCUGUCCCCUGGAAAGCAAGCUAGGAAGCUUGCAGUUGAGAAUGCCUUGAAAAAAUUGAAGAAAGGGCCUGAUGGGCGUUAUAUAAAUGUGUGGGAAGUCAUGAGUGAUAUAGAUAUCCUUAUAGGGGCAUUUGAAAACGUUGUCUCAGGACCAGAAUAUGAGGAGCUAAGACAGGGAGGGCCUAAGAAAUUGAAUAUGGAGUUUUUCAAGGAUAUACAAGCACGUAUGAGAGAUCCAAAUUAUAAGUUCUCACCUGAGAUAAAAUUGAAACCAAAGAGCAAACUGGUUUCAAGAAAGAAAUGGCAGAAGGCACAAUCAAGACGAAGGAAAGCACAAAAGCGCUAAGUUUUUGUCCUUCAUAUCAAAAAACAAGUUAGCUUUUCUCUUUCUUCGUUUCUACAUAAUAAACUAAAACAAGUUACCUGCGUGUGAAGUUUUAUACUUCAUAGGGUUUUAUGUAGGUCUAAGUUCUUAUACAUUGUCUGUUCCAGUAAUAUAAUCAUUUAGGGCAGCUUUAUGAGGUAGAGUUUUGUAUGUAAAUUAUUUUAAAGCUUAGAGCUUCAUGUUCCAGAAGUGAUUACUUUUGGAGUUUCUUCACUCUGUACCAUUAUCUUUUCAUAAAAAAGCGAAGAUCCAAGUCUUAAAAUAAAAAGUUAAACAAAGGAGGAUACAGUA